AUGAGAAUGCCGAUGAUGGAGACAGAAAAUACGCCGGUAGAGGCCUCAUCACGCGAGGUGCCCGAUCGUCUGCCCUUUCCGCCUGUGACCUACUCCCAUAUUCUCCAUUGCUCCUACCAUGACUGGCACCCUCGGUAUCGUCCACUCAUUCCAAAAUCACGUCUUAUUCCCCUCACGCCCGCCUUUGUGAACUACCUCCGUGCCGACGGCAUUAUUCUUCCACCUGAAGUCCGACCUCCGAGAGAGGAUGACGAGCUUGAUGCAUACGAAGAUUCCGAGGAGGGAGAGGAGGAUCCAUCUGCGGAGUGGCAAGAGAUCCAUGCUCAGAUCAAGAACACCAUUGCAGAACUGGGCGGCAAGGUCACCCCGAAGCUGAAUUGGAGCGCACCCAAAGACGCAACGUUCAUGUCCGCAACAAAUGACACCGAAUGCCGGUCGCCUAACGAUAUAUACCUACUCCUCAAAAGUAGCGAUUUCAUCACGCAUGAUCUCGAGCACCCCUUCGACGAUUGCGAACCAGACAACAUCAAUGGCAAAGUUUCAGAUGACACCCUGCCAGACGUGCCGUACCACCUGAUUCUAAGGCAAUACGUCAACUUUAACCCGUCCCUCGAGUUCCGAUGCUUCGUACGCAAUCGCAAGUUGCUUUGCAUGUGCCAACGUGACCAAAAUCAUUUCGAUUUCCUCUUUGGUAUGCGCGAUAUGCUUCGAUCACGGAUUCAAUCGUUCUUCGACGAGAAGCUGCGGGACACUUUCCCCGAUCCCAACUUCACCUUUGAUGUAUAUAUUCCGGCUCCGCAUCAGCGCGUCUGGCUGAUUGAUAUCAACCCUUGGGCACAGCGGACCGAUCCGCUUCUCUUUAGCUGGUUGGAAAUCCUCCGGAUGAAGGACCCUAUCGGCUUCGAAGAGGAGGCGGAUAAUGGGCUUGAGGAAGAGGUUGUGCGCAUCUCCCUUCGGGAUGGUAGCAUUAUGACUCACCCAUCCGAUGGAGAAGCUGAGGGAGAUUCUGUUUCGGAGGACGAAGAGGUAGAGAAUACUACUGCUGAGGGAGAUGAUCAGUUCGCACCUUUCUUGCCGGAGUUCCGUCUUAUCAAGAAGGAUGACCCGGAGUCAUAUUCUUUCAACACACCGCAGUUCUCGGCUCAUAAGGUGCCAAAGGAGCUUGUUGAUGCAUCUUUGGCGGGGCCUGGCGGUAUGAGCGAGUUCCUGGGCAAGUGGCAGGAGAUUCUGAAGCAGCAGGAGCGAGAGGAUCAGGACACUGGCAACGAGUCCAACUAA